ACGAUUUCAUUGCUAACAGUAAAAGUACAAGGUUUUCUAAUUAAGUAGCAUUCUGAAGUUGAAUCAAUGAAGAAGGAAUAGACGAGCGAAUUUGUUGUGAUGUGAUAAAAAUUACAAAAUAAAAGUAUUUAUAACAGUGCGCUAAGUGUAGAAGGCCGCAAAAUGUCUUACGGAAAGAUUGUUAUUAUGGCUUGUGGGAGCUUUAGCCCGCCGACGUACAUGCACCUUCGCAUGUUCGAACUUGCCAGGGAUUACAUACACAAUCUGAACCUAGGAAGUGUGGUCGGAGGCCUGGUAUGUCCUGUACACGAUGCUUAUGGGAAGAAGGACUUGGUUCCUGCUCAUCACAGGAUAGCAAUGUUGAAGUUAGCGCUGCGCUCAUCAUCAUGGAUCAAGAUAUCGGAGUGGGAGACGCAGCAGUCUGGCUGGACGAGGACCAGGGUCACGUUGCAGCAUCAUCAGGACACAAUAAACAACUACUUAACCGGUGUAAACGAUCCGGACCCGCCAUCUUGGUUGCCAGACGAUAUCAUAAACCUCAACAGUUUGGAUGAACCGGACAACCUUAUGGAGAAACUGAAUGGCAACGUGCAGGACGGAGUGACUGUCAAACUGCUAUGUGGAGCUGACCUGUUGGAGUCUUUCGCUACUCCUGGCCUGUGGUCUGAUGAGGACUUGGAGACGAUAGUGGGCCGUCACGGGUUGGUGGUGGUGACGCGGGCGGGCUGUGAUCCCGGCCGGUUCAUAUACGAGUCCGAUAUGCUCUACAAAUAUAGGAAAAACGUAAUCCUCGUGACGAACUACAUAGCGAACGAGGUGAGCUCGACGCAGAUCCGUCGCCUCGUGCGGCGCGGGGAGAGCGCCAAGUACCUCACUGACGACGCCGUGCUCGCUUAUGUUAGACAACACCGGCUGUAUGGGGCUACACAGGCUAAUACUGAGUAUAACAUACUAAACGAUUUAAUCGCUAGCUACGACAAGCGAUCACCACAAGACGUGAUCAUGACGUCACCAGAAGAAACCUCCUUCAAAAACAUCCUCAUUUCCAUCAGAGACAAGCCCUCUAUUAUCGAUGAAACGAUCACUGUCAAACGACCGAGAAAAUCCAACUUUCUCAUGCCUAACUCUCAUACGGACUCCGUCAGUCCACUGUGUGAGCCUCUCAAACCUAAAAUGGCGUAUAUCGACAAAGUCCCAUCGACUUACGUGCCCGGGAAAGCAGUUAAAAUCGUCAGCGAUGCGAACGAACAUAAGAUUGACAAGGGAGGCGGCUGCCCGCUGUAGCUGACGUGUUGCGCGCGAUGCGACGAGGCGACUACGUAACGGGGCCGUAGCGGGAUCGUAGCGGGACCGUAGCGGGAUCGUAGCGGGACCGUAGCCAGUUCGUAGCGAGAACGUAGCGUCAGAGUAGCAGGGCAGCGCGCAUCACCCCUAUAUUAUUAGUUUUAUCGAUAAGUUUCGUCUACGUAGUGCCUACUGUGUCCACUAGUUUGACGUUUCUGAUUUGGGGUUACUAUAUAAAAAAAAUCGAUAAAAUACUGACGUGGUUAUUAAUUUGUGUGAUAAUAAAAUGAUGUCAGUUGAAAAUAAAAGCGUUUAUUAAAGUUUUUGUAAUUAUGUAUGUAUUUAAAAAUUAAAAAUAUCAUGAAGAGAAAUGGAAUGUGAUAAAAGUUGUGGCAAAGUAAAAUAUUUUUGGAUGAAUAUACAAGUUGUGACGUAUUUAUUUUGUACGUGCUCAAUGUUGCAUGCAUAUGCGAGACUAAAGUAUUUUUUGGGUUCCUAAUAUGUGAAGCAAAGGCAAAGUUUUUGAUAUCAACUAGUGGACACAUUUUAUGGCUUGUUUGAAGCUUCUGUGGAAACCUGCAUGAGAUGUAUCCCCUAUAAUUUUAUAGUCUUUUUUAUUCUAUUGAUUUCUUUGUACUCUUCUGCAUUGUGAUUUCUAAUCAGAACUCGUGGUUUACUUAUUCGUACUAAGGAUAGAAUAAUUUUUAAAGUUUUUAAAGUGUUAUUUUAAGAUUGCUGCUUAUGACCGACUCAUUUUCUUUAUACUCGAUCUUUUCGAUAGUAUCUUGCUAAAAUAAUAUAAAAGUACAGUGCAAAGUAAUAUCUGUAUAACUAAACAAUAUUUAAGGUUAGUCAUUGAUACUUGCCGGGCCCACGUAAGUUUCAAACAAGCAUCGCCGCGGUUCAGCGCUAGCUUAGCUUCUGUGUCUGACCGUUUAGCGCUUUCAUACUUACGAGUAUUUACAGUUUCGAGUCUUUAUAAUUGUGCCGGGGCUGCGGGAUUGUCCGCGCGGGUUACCGCGGUCCUGGUACAUAACGGGCUUAAGAAGGAACGUGGUGGGUUUUAGCCAGUAAGAGUCUGACACUCUCUCAUGCUGCACUCACAGCGGGUGGGGUCAUUUGAUGAUUUCUCAUCAAAAAAGGGAAUCUGUGCUUAAUUUUAUCGACAGUAUAUUAUAAAAAAAAAUACACAUUAAUUUGGACUUUUUAUGGCAUUUUUGUGUGCUUUGGGUAUACCUACGUUUUAAAGUAAAUGAUGCACAUUAUAAAGACUCAAACUGUAUAGAUAUCUUAGCCUUAUGUCUGCUUAGGACAAUUUGUAUUGUUAUUGCCAUAUUUAUACAACGACUCGGCGUGUUGUGGGAACAAACCUAAACUGUGUGAAAAUAUAGGAUGCUUAAAGCAAGGGAAAAUAAUUACAAAAUCCUUAAUUUUGUUUGUUCCGAUAACACGCCAUAGCAACGAGUAUGCAUCACUGCUAUUCAAAUUGUAAAGUUAUUUGUACUCACAUAAAGUUCAUUUUUAAACUUCGAUAAUCACUUUAAAUGUUAAGAAAUAAAUAAUUAUUACCAAAAUAUAUUUAGAUACAUAUUUGAUAGCAGAUCUUGCUUAAUCGUUUUUGUAUUCUAAAGGUAGCAUUACUGCAACAUACAUAAUUAUGUAUGUAUAUUUUGAACAUCGUUUUGUCAGAAAACAUGAAUAAAUGUCGGAAUGAUGUUUAAAAUAUUUUUACCAGCGGUAAAUGGUAAAUAUAUUUUGGCCCAUUUUCAUCGACAACAUAAACGUCCGUUUUUCUUAAAACAUCGGUCUUAUCGAGUGAGCUGCAGGUUUAAUCACCUGACAGUGUUUUAGUGUCAGAGUUUUCUCAAGUGUCCGCCUGAUGUAGAAUUGUAACAACGACUGCUACUGAGUAGCAUUCGGGGACGCCCGCUUUACUUGCCUUGUGCCCUCUCAGGCACAUUCAUAGUAAACAGUUGUCUUAAGACGUUUACGUUGCGUACGUUUCUGUUGUCGGUGUAUUAAGGCCUUAGUGAGCAACCCUUAAAUUUUAUAAUCAAUGAGUCUUUGCAUCAUUAAGUCACAAGUAAUUAAACAAAGUUACCAACUAAUCUUGCUAUCUCUUUCACACAUAUAUAAUCUAAAACAAGUGUGAAAGAGAUAGCUAGCUUGAAGUAGCUCCUAUCUUGAUUAUAAUGCUUUAUGUACUGUUUAAGUAGUCCAAUUUUUGUACGAGUGUAUUUUAGAAUGCCUGAGUAGCUCUUUUUUGUGCAAUAUGUGUAAAAUAAUUUGUUUUUGGCUUAAGAAACAAAAAUGAAGUUUCAACAGUUUUAUUAUAAAAAAGUUACAAAUAAAAUAUGUAUGUAGGUUUUUUGUAUAGAAUCGGCUUAUCAAAAUAUAUUGGAUAGGUUUUAAUUGUUGUUUAUAAAUUAUAAUUCAUUCCUUUUUUAUGAUUUAUAGUUAUACAUAUUGAAUGUGUACUUAUUUUAAGGAUCUGAUUAGUAAAUUAUUAUUAUUUUUGUAUUAAGCCUGGAUAUUGUCAAAUAACAUGUGAAUUACAUUCAGAUAUUAUGAAAUAAAAUUGUACUUAAGAUCUUAUGUGUUUAAAAGUGCUUCAAUAGAAUAACCUGGAUUUCAAAAGAUAAAAAAAAUAUGUUUUUAUACUUUGACGAAUUUAUGUAUAUAGUAUGUACUUAAAAUUAUUCUCAAAUAGCGCAUCUAUUUUCCUGAAGAUGUCGCAAGUUUGGAUUUAACCUGAAUGUCAUUCACAUGUUAUUUGCUUAGCAAACUAGUUAAGGCGAGAUUCUACCAGUGUGCAAACAAAUGAACCUUCUGGUUUACUCGUUCUAGCAAACAGUAACAAAUUUAUUUAUUUAUUGGCACACCACCAGCAUUACAAACAAUAAAAAUAAACAUAAGUUGUUAUAAAAUUCUAGUUUGCUGUGCCUAUUAAAGGUGACAAACUGCAUGCGAACAUUUCUAAAAUGUUCGCGAAACUGCAAUCAUUUUGGUGGAAUCUCUCCAUUAGGGACUGCCAACCUCAGAAUACUUAAUUUGUAUGUUCCUUGCUUUUAUCGUUUAGUUGUAAGGUUCGUGACUUAGAUAUUACAUCGAUAUUUUGUAUCAUUUGAUAAACAUUAAUUCACAAUAUGAAUAAUUAAAUAUUUUAUACACAAUAAUCGCAUUGUAAACACUAUUUCUGAAGUUAUUACACUUUAAUCACUGGUUUAUUGAAGAAUUUAUUAAGUCAAAUAUCGUGCCAUUAUUCAUCAUUUUAAAAACCGCAAGAUACUCAAUAUAUGAAAUGAAAUGAAAUGAAAUGAAAUUUAUUUAUUUGCCAGAAUAUAGGUACAAUAUGAUGGUCGAUACAAUAAAAAAAUAUGGUUUCACUAUAUUCGACUUAUAAUUAGUCAUGCAAAUAUUUCAAGUUCUAUAAUCUUAUAGUCACCCAUACAUUAUAAAGUACAAGAUUCAUUCAUUUGCAAACAAAUAAAUAUUCAGGUUUUUUUCCCAAUUCUGAAUAGGCUUUUUGUAUAUUAUGUAGCCCUUUUCUAAAUGUAACACACCAUUUGUUAGAUAGUUCUUGUAUAACCAUUUAUCCGAAAAUUUUAAAUUAAAAGUAACAAUGAGAAACAGUUUUUUUUUACUAUUUUUGUGUAAUUUAUCCGCCACCCUAGAGUAGAUAUACCAUCAAACAUUUUUGUAGAUUUUCAGUGUAAUGCACAACCAUGUAAAACCAUAAUUAUUAUAACUAUGUACAAAUACAUUGUUCCUUAGAAAUUGCACAGUUAAGCCUACCCCCCUGUGAUAGCACAGCACGGUAUUUUUAAGCGACAAGUAAAAAUAUCAUACUAAAUUGUUUGGUAAUAAAAUAAAAAAUACCAAAUAUCAAAGAAUUCCAGGUUUUUGUGCUAAACCGUUGAGAUUUUAACCUUAUUGCGUUAUUAUUGAUUUAUAUUUUUAUUCGUCGGUCGCCUAAAAAUACCGUGCUAAGCUGUCAAUGGGCACUUAAUUUUAAGCGGCAACUUAUUCUUUCAUUUGAAUCAAUAAUAAUAAAAAAUAAAAUUGUAAAAACAUUAUCUUAUCGUUUCUAUGGUAAUUAAUGAUUGAUGUUCAAGUAACUUUGAUAAGGACAUAAAAAUAAAAAAAUAAGGAAAUAUCCAAAAAUAUCAGUAAGAUAUACAAAGACAAUUUGUCGGUUAGUUACAUGUUGUAAUCAGUUAAAAUCAAUUGAUAAGUGGCCGCUUAACAGUUUACUUACAUUAGUCAAAACAAUGUUUGGAAACCGAUAGUCUAACCUUAUCUGUAACAAUUACGCUUUACGAAAUAAAAAUGGUUUAUUUAUUUA